GAAAGGGAGGACGGGAAGGGCGAGCGCCUGGGGCGGUCGUUGGGGCACGGCCUCCUGGUCACGCUCGAGCCUGGAGAAAGCGGGCAUUGCGUCCGUCCACUCCUGCCCGCUGGGGUAACGCUGCAUUCCUGCACACGUCGUUGGAGUGCACCUGUUCUCAGGGCCCGCAAGCCUUUUCCGACCUCCCGAGGAGACCCCGGAUGCUUCCGGCGGCUCCAAAUCGGAGAGUAGGAAGAGUUUUGUCGCCCAUUUAAGCGUAGAGACCUGGCCUUGGCCCCUGUAGGAAAGGAUGGCUCCGAACCUAGCAAGCAAUUUGGAGUCCCCAGGUAACCCACUUCCACGCCAGCCUGUGGUCCCUUGUGGCUCCAUAAUUGGCUCUGGAUUCCCAUUCCCUGACACUCCCCACCCCCAGUUAACUGAAAAGUUGGGGCAGACAUGUUAUUUUUCUAAUAUCAAAAAUUUACAUCUACUUGCAGUUUGCGAUCAAGGGGUGCCAACAAGAAUCUCUUCAUCCAGAGUCAUAGCACAUGUGGAUCUGGAUUGCUUUUAUGCCCAAGUAGAAAUGAUCUCCAAUCCAGAAUUAAAGGACAAACCUUUAGGUGUUCAGCAGAAAUACUUGGUGGUUACUUGCAAUUAUGAAGCCAGGAAACUUGGAGUGAGGAAACUUAUGAAUGUCAGAGAUGCAAAAGAGAAGUGUCCUCAGCUGGUCCUGGUGAACGGAGAAGACUUGAGCCGCUACAGAGCGAUGUCAUAUAAGGUCACAGAAUUGUUGGAGGAAUUUAGUCCAUUUGUUGAGAGACUUGGAUUUGAUGAAAAUUUUGUGGACCUCACAGAAAUGGUGGAGAAAAGGCUCCAGCACCUUCUGAGUGACGAGCUUCCACCAGUGACCGUGUCGGGCCAUGUCUACAAUAACCAGCCUGUGAACCUGCAGAGCGUCACACACGUGCGGCUUGUGGUUGGGUCGCAGAUCGCAGCAGAGAUGCGGGAGGCCAUGUAUAAUCAGCUGGGGCUCACAGGCUGCGCUGGAGUGGCUCCUAACAAGCUGCUGGCAAAGUUAGUUUCUGGUGUUUUUAAACCAAAUCAACAAACAGUCUUACUACCUGAAAGCUGUCAAGAUCUCAUUCACAGUUUGAACCACAUAAAGGAAAUGCCUGGUAUCGGCUAUAAAACUGCCAAACGUCUAGAAGUGCUAGGAAUCAGCAGUGUGCGUGACCUCCAGACCUUCUCAAUCAAAGCCUUAGAAAAGGAGCUAGGAAUUGCCGUUGCUCAGCGCAUCCAGAAGCUCAGUUUUGGAGAAGACGACUCUCCUGUCACUCCCUCAGGGCCACCGCAGUCCUUCAGUGAAGAAGACACAUUUAAAAAGUGCUCCUCAGAAGCAGAAGCUAAAACUAAGAUCGAAGAACUGCUGUCCAGCCUCUUGAACAGAGUAUGCCAUGAUGGAAGGAAGCCCCAUACUGUACGACUAGUCAUCCGUCGAUAUUCUGAUAAACACUGUAAUCGGGAAAGUCGUCAGUGCCCCAUCCCCUCUCAUGUCAUUCAGAAGUUAGGUACAGAAAAUUACGAUGCUAUGACUCCCCUGGUUGAUAUCCUUAUGAAAUUGUUCCGAAAUAUGGUAAAUGUGAAGAUGCCAUUUCACCUUACGCUGCUAAGUGUGUGCUUCUGCAACCUGAAAGCCCUGAACACUGCCAAGAAAGGGCCCAUGGACCUCUACCUAACGUCGUCUGCGUCCACGACUGCCCACUCUGGCAAGCGCAGUUUUAAAGUGAAGGACACUCACACAGAAGACUUUUACAAGGAGAAAGAAGCAAACUGUGAUUGUCUUCCGAGUAGAAGAAUUGAAAAUAACACUGGCGAGUGUCCACUGGACGCCACAAGUUCUUCUAAAGAAAAAGACCCAAGUGACUUUCCAUUCCAGUCACUUCCCGAGGGUGUUGACCAAGACGUCUUUAAGCAACUUCCAGCAGAUAUUCAAGAAGAAAUCCUUUCUGGAAAGUCUAGAGAAAAUCUUCAAGGGAAAGGAAGUUUAAGUUGUCCAUUGCAUGCCUCUAGAGGAGUGUUGUCUUUCUUCUCUACAAAGCAAACGCAAGGCAGUUCCAUAAGCCCCAAAGCUACCAUGUUCACUAGCAGGGAGGUAUCAGCUGUAUCUCCCUGUGAGCCAGGAACAUCUGGUGUGGGUACCAGCAGUUCCUCGCCCCCACUGUGUGGAAAGGACUGCUCCCAUUAUAUAGACAAUCGCUUAAAAGACAAACGCAUGGGUCAAGGGCCUAGAGACUCGCAAGGACCCCACUUUUCUAAUACAAACCCUGCUGUUUCGGUUUUUCAUUCAUUUCCCAAUUUGCAGAGUGAACAACUUUUCUCCAAGCACCGCAGUACAGACAGCCACAAGCAGACAGCCACCACCUCUCAGCAAGGACUAGUAGAAAAUAGAGAGCAAGAUCCUGCUGAGGAAAAAGUCACUUUGCCAGCUGACAUCGAUCCUCAAGUUUUCUAUGAGCUACCAGAAGAGGUCCAGAAAGAACUGCUGGCAGAGUGGAAGAGGGGUGGAGCAGGGUUCCACUCUGUCCCUAAAUAGGCUCAGGAGAAGGUCCAGAAAGCACGGCACUCAUCGUUGUCAGACUAGCUUUUCAUGAGCUCUUCUUAAUUAAACACUAAUUUCAAUGAUGUAGAAACCCAAUGUAAGAUGUAACAGAUAAAGCA